AUGAGAUCAGACGGCGGGUGUGUAGUCCAGGAGAACCCCAGCUUUGGAGAGACCUUUAACAAGAUCCCUGGUCCAAGGGGGAUCUACAGCUUUCCCUUUUUAGGGACAGCUCUUCACUUCAAACCUUUCACCGACCAAAGAUUUGGGAAUAUCAAUGACUUGUUGCGUGUUCUCCAGAGGAAAUAUGGCGAUAUUUACAGAUUUAGAGGUGCCUUCCGAUGGAUUGUGGUCAUAUCAAGUCCAAACCUGGCAAAAGAGGUUUUAAGUGUAAGAGUCAAGUACCCUUACCGACCGGAAGUGGAAAUUGUGAAAGUGUUCGGUAUUCGGAACAACAAAGAAGAAGGACUGGGCACACUACAAGGAGAGGCUUGGUGGAACCUCCGGAAGCCAGCCCAGGAUCAAAUGCUGAAGCCGUCUGCCGUACGCUCACAUAUACCCCUGAUAGGACAGGUGGCAGACGAUUUUGUGGCGAGUUUAAAGGAUACUCUGGUCAUAGAGGACUGUCUUGAUACACUUGUCAGUGUGGCCACGGAAUGUAUGGGGAUGUUGUGUUUCAACCGGCGCUUGGGGUGCCUGGAAGGUCAACCAGUAGUCAGAAUGGAAGACCUUAAUACAAUCUUCACAUCCACGUCUGAGGCAGGAAAAUUCUUCAAACCAUACAAAUAUUUCAAGUCACCAUUUUACAAGAGGUUCGAGGAGGCGGUGCUAAAAUUGCAUAGUAUUACAGAAAAGGAGAUUGAAACUGCUAUGCAGAGACUAAGAGAAAGGUCCACAGUGGACUUACAAGGUCAGUCCUCGGAACCCAAUCUACUGCUGUCCAUGUUGUCAGAUAGCCGUCUGAACAAAGACAAAAUAAACAUCCUCAUCACAAAUCUCUUCGGCGGGGGCAUUGACUCGACCUCAAACAGUUUGGUUCUCCUCUGGCACGAAAUAGCAGUCCAUUCAGACAAACAGGAAAAAAUAUACCUGGAAAUUAUGGCAAAAAUUGGCCAUGAAAAUCUGAACACAGAGACGCUUUCUAAAUUACCCUAUCUAAAGGCUUGUCUCAGGGAAUCUAUGAGAAAGAAUUUCCCCAUCAACGUUGGAAGUAUUCGAAUAUUCGACAAUGACUGUUGCGUAGCAGGAUAUCAUAUUCCCAAAAAGACACCAAUUUUGAUAGCAUCCAACAACAUUAGCAAAGAUACAAGGUUUUACAAACACCCACAUCAAUAUAUCCCAGAGAGGUUCCUCAGACGAGACAAAACACAGAGCACACUUGACGAGGAAGUGAAACAUACCCACCCAUUCGCAUUCCUGCCAUUCGGCUUUGGCCCCCGCAGCUGUAUUGGACAAAGAUUUGCGGAGACAGAAAUGCUUGUCUUAACGAUUAAGCUAAUUCAGAACUUUCGGAUCUCCUUGCCACCUGGAAGUUCCGAACAUUUGGAGACCGUGACUCGAACAUUUACAGCUCCUGCCAGAAAGGUCACUCUUCACCUCACUCCGAGACAGAAAUCAUAGCAAAUGUCUCACAUCACCUCAUUCCAAGGCAGAAAUCAUAGCAACAGUCUUACUUCACCUCACUCCGAGACAGAAAUCAUAGCAAUAGUCUCACGUCACCUCACUCCAAGGCGGAAAUCAUAGCAAUAGUCUCACUUCACCUCACUCCAAGGCAGAAAUCAUAGCAAUAGUCUCA